CGCGCCGUGUUUAUUAGGCUAAAAUGUCUCGUAUUAUUGUGAAAAACAUCCCAAAUGGGUACGAGGAGGCAAAACUUCGCAACCACUUCAGCACGUGCGGCAUUGUUACAGACGUUCAGUUGAAGUACACACCGGAUGGUAAAUUUCGAAAUUUCGGCUACAUCGGCUUCCAGACCGAGGACCAGGCGGAGAAAGCAAUCAAACAUUUCGACAACAGUUUCAUCCGUACUUCCAAAAUAUCGGUAGCGCCGUGUGUAUCGCUUUACGAAUCGAAGCAACUAAAAGUCUGGAGCAAACAUGCGAAAAAGCAAGCCGCACCGGUUAAAUCGGAAGAGGAGGAAGAGAAUAAAAAAGUGACGAAAGAGAAACCCAAACCACAGACGGCAAAGGAUGUACUCGGCCAAUAUCAGGAUGAUCCACAGUUUCAGGAGUAUCUAGACGCGCACAAACGGGCAGGCAAAACGAUAUGGGACAAUCAGUUGCAACAGAAGGACACAGAACAGAGCUGCGAUACAGCUGCUGACAAAAAGUCAGCAAGUGAUGAUUCAGCCAUUGAUAUUAAAAGGAAUAACGAUUCGAAACCGAACAAAAAGCCGGAAAAGAAAACGGCAAAGAAACCGAUGAUUCGAUUGUUUGUGGUCAAGCUGCAAAACAUACCGGCACGUACAAAGCGGCAAGAUAUAAUUCGCUUCUUUAAAAACGUCAAACCACACUCGGUACGUGUCCCGCCGAAAAUUAAAGGUAUCGCUUUCGUGGGCUUUAAAACAGAAUCCGAGAUGCAUAAGGCACUCCUGAUGGAUAAAAGCUUUCUCGACGGUAAACAGGUUAAAAUCAUAGACUAUACGGACCAUAGUGACCCAGUUGACGCCGAAGCGACGAAUGAUCCUAGCGAUAAAAAGUUAUCAAAGUGGGAACGACAAGCACGAGCAAAUGCGUCCGUUGAGACGAUCGGUGAAUCGGGCAAAUUGUUCUUUCGUAAUUUGGCAUACUCGGUACAGGAAGAAGACAUUCGCACACUCUUUGAGAAGUACGGGCCGGUAGCGGAGGUCGAUGUACCAAUCGAUUCUAUCACGCGCAAAUUAAAAGGAUUUGGCACAGUAACGUUCAUGAUUCCGGAAAACGCUGUCACCGCUUUUAAUGAGCUGAAUGGCACAUUUCUUCAGGGUCGCAUGUUUCACAUCCUACCGGCAAAAGGGUCGGGCGAUGCGGACACCAACGAAGGUGAUGAGAAUGGAACCGACUACCAAAAGAAGAAGGAACAGACACUGAAGAAAACGGCCCAAUCCAGCCACAAUUGGAACACGCUGUUCAUGGGCGAGAAUGCUGUCGCUGAAGCGGUGGCGAAGAAAUAUGGAACGAGCAAAGAGCAGAUUCUCGUAUCGUCCGAGGGUGAAACGAGUGCAGCCGUCCGGUUAGCACUCGGUGAAACGGAGCUGGUGCUGGAAAUGCAAACAUUUCUACAGGAAAACAACAUAUCGCUCGAUGCAUUUAACUCGACCGACGGGAAAGCGAAACGUUCGAACACCGUGAUAUUGGCAAAGAAUCUUGCACCGGGUUGCACGGUGGCCGCAGUACGACAACUGUUCGCACCAUUUGGACUUUUGGGGCGUGUCGUAUUACCACCGAGUGCUGUUACAGCCGUCAUCGAAUUUCUUGAUCCUAGCGAAGCGCGAAAAGCAUUCAAAAAGUUGGCCUACAGUAUGUUUCAAUCAUUGCCCCUAUACCUUGAAUGGGCACCACUGGGAACGUUUACAACAGCGCCACCGCCACCUUCCGAGGCCAAAAAUGCCGAGCAAACCGUACCAACAUUCGUACCAACGAAAGUGGAACCAGAGGCGGUGGACGAUACAGAGCCGGAAGAAAACACAACACUGUUCCUCAGAAACCUUCCCUUCACCACCGAUGAGGAUACAAUUCGCGAACGGUUCCGGACCGUUGGGGCCAUUCAUUCGGUACAGAUUGCUCGCAGCAAAGAUCUUUCCGGAAGUGGAAAGAACGAAAGCCGUGGCUACGGUUUCAUUCAGUUCAAAAAGCGUCAUGCAGCUGACUAUGCGCUAAAGAACCUGCAGUCGUUAGUAAUCGAUGGCAGGACGGUUGAGUUGGUGCGCAGUGAUCGUACACUGCAAACGCAACACAACCGAAACGAUCACAAAAAGUCGAAAGCACAAGCACAAACUGGGAGCAAGAUCCUUGUCCGCAACAUUCCUUUCCAGGCUAGUGCAAAGGAGGUGCGAGAUCUCUUCAAACCCUUCGGUGAUAUUAACACACUUCGCUUGCCAAAGAAAAUGGCCGCCAGUGCGGAUGAAAGUCAUCGCGGUUUCGGAUUCGUUGAUUUUGUCGAAGAAUCCGAUGCAAAGCGCGCUUUCAACACGCUUGGCCGCAGUACGCAUUUGUACGGUCGACGACUCGUGCUGGAAUGGGCAGCACCCGACAACGAUGUAGAGGAACUGCGGAAGCGAACGGCUGAUCAGUUUGGUCACGAUGGAUCGGGUGGUAAGCGAGCGGCACGCGGCAAAGGUUUGCUGUCGACGGAAGAGUUUGUUAGCGCCUCUCAACGGAAGAACGAAGAGGACGAUGAUGAAUACGAUGAAGGAUACGAAAACGGCACUACGUUCUAA